GGAACUACUGCAGGGGACAGUCAGAAAAUCGCUCAAAUGUGGAUUCCGCAAUUUCUGGAACAAGAACUCAGGUUAGGUUGGUUAGUUAGUUUACCUAAUGUGAGGCUGCACGAGACAAAUAAACAACACAACAAUCCUUGUCGGUCCAGUCUAGAACACUUGCAUUCUGCUUGUUGCUUAUUUUCGUGGUCGGAAAUCUCGAGGGCAAUGCAUGGAUGUCUCACUUGGACUGCCUAUUCGAGUUAAAUACUAUCCUCAUGGAUGGACCGGGUUCGGUCCGAGUCUUGCGGUUGUUUCGGAGGGGAGGUUGUGGAAUGCUGGGGGGAGGAGUUGGUAUUGUUGUUAUUGUUGUUGUUGUUGUUGUUGCUGCUGCUGUUGUUACAUGGCUACGCAGGACUGUG